AGUUUCACAUUAGUUGAAAUAGGUUAGAGCGGUUGCUUGUUGUCUUUAUUUCUAAUUAUCUGGUGUCUGUAGGAAAGCCCUAGGACAUUGGAGGGGUGAAAUAAAACUACAAAGAUCCAGUGAGAGAGAAGUAACAGAAAUCAUUCCACCUAAUUGGAAAGAAAAAACAGGUCACCAUGGCAUCUGGACCCAUCAUGAAGGUCCCCAUUUGUCUGGUGGAAAAUGACAAAGAGCAACUGACAGUGAACCCAGAAGCAUUAAAGAUUCUUGAGAAGAUAUCACAGCCUGUGAUUGUGGUGGCUAUUGUCGGGCUGUAUCGUACAGGAAAAUCCUACCUGAUGAACCUCCUAGCUGGACAGAACAAUGGCUUCCCUCUGGGCUCCACGGUUAGGUCUGAAACCAAGGGCAUCUGGAUGUGGUGUGUACCUCACCCCCACAAGCCAAACCACACCCUGGUCCUUCUGGACACUGAGGGGCUGGGAGAUGUGGAAAAGGGGGACCCCAAGAACGACUCAUGGAUCUUCGCGCUGGCCGUGCUCCUGAGCAGCUGCUUCGUCUACAACAGCAUGAGCACCAUCAACCACCAGGCCCUGGAGCAGCUGCACUAUGUGACGGAACUAACAGAGCUAAUUAGGGCAAAAUCCUCCUCCACAGCUGAUGAAAUCGAUGACUCCACUGAGUUUGUGAGUUUCUUUCCAGAUUUCGUCUGGACUGUACGGGAUUUCACCCUAGAGCUGAAGUUAGGUGAAUGCCCCAUCACCGAAGAUGAGUACCUGGAGAAUGCCUUGAAGCUGAUUCCAGGCAAAAAUCCCAAAAUCCAAAAUUCCAAUAUGCCUAGAGAGUGUAUCAGGCAUUUCUUUCCAAAACGGAAGUGUUUCGUCUUUGACCGGCCCACGAGUGACAAAAAUCUUUUAGCUCAUAUUGAAGACAUUCCAGAAGACCAGCUAGAUCAUAAUUUCCUGGUGCAAGCAAAAAAUUUCUCUUCCCAUAUCUUCACCCAUGUGAAGACCAAGACCCUGAGACAGGGAAUCAUUGUCACAGGAAAACGGCUGGGGACUCUAGUGGAGACCUAUGUGGGUGCCAUCAGCAGUGGAGCAGUGCCUUGUUUGGAGAACGCAGUGACAACGCUGGCCCAGCGUGAGAACUCGGCGGCCGUGCAGAAGGCAGCCGACCGCUACAAGGAGCAGAUGACCCGGAGAGUGAGGUUCCCCACGGACACGCUCCAGGAGCUGCUGGAUGUCCAUGCGGGCUGUGAGAGGGAAGCUAUUGCGGUCUUCAUGGAGCACUCCUUCAAGGAUGAAAACCAGGAGUUUUACAAACAGCUCUUGGGCACCAUAGAGAAAAAGAAGGAGAAUUUCAUACUUGAGAAUGAAGAGGCAUCUGUCAAAUAUUGCCAGGAUGAGCUGAAACAGCUUUCACAGCCCUUGAUGGAAAAUAUUUCAAGAGGAAUUUUCUCUGUUUCUGGAGGGCACAAACUCUACUUAGAAGCAAAGAAAAAGGUUGAACAGGACUAUAAGCUAGUACCCAGAAAAGGAGUUAAGGCAAACGAUGUCCUCCAGAGCUUCCUGCAGUCACAGAUGGUGUUAGAGGAAUCUAUCCUGCAGUCAGACAAAGCCCUCACCGAUGGAGAGAAGGCCAUUGCAGUGGAGCAAGCUCAAAAGGAGGCAGCUGAGAAGGAAAAUGAGCUGCUAAAACAGAAACAGAAAGAGCAGCAGCAAAAGAUGGAGGACCAAGAGAGAAGCUUCAAGGAAAACAUGGCCCAACUGAGAGAGAAGAUGGAGAGGGAAAGAGAAAACAUUCUGAGAGAGCAGGAAAGGAUGCUAGCCCAUAAGCUAAAGAUCCAAGAAGAACUACUUAAAGAAGGUUUUAGAAAGAAAUCUGCAGAAUUAAGUGAAGAGAUAAAUCGACUAAAACAAGAGAUUGAAACAACUAAAUCAAAUGAACCCACACUUUUUUCACAGUUUCUUGAUGCAGUUGGAAAUGUAUUAAUGUUAACAAUGCCUGGUCCUGGCAAGAUGGUUGGUUUAGGGAUGAAACUUCUUGGCUCACAAAAGAAAUAGGCUUAGAAUUCUUGUUAGGAAGUUAUAAGAUGAGGCUUCUUUUCUUUUAAUAGCUUAAUGCUUUAUCUCAUUUGUGAAAUUUAUGUAUCAUUCCAGUUUCAUUCAGCAACACUUUAAAAAUAAAAAGUGAUUACCAAAGGAUAUCAGGGCCUGGCAUACAAAAGACAAACUUAAUUUUCAUUCAAUUAAUUUAUUUAAAUAAAUUGGAAAUAAGUUAAAAGAUAUAAUGGAAAAAAAAGACCAAAUUUUCAAUAACAUCAAAACAAAUUAAAUACUUCAGAAUAAAAUUAUCAAGAAGUAUGUAAAAUUCAUAUGAAUCAAUCUUCAAAAUACUAAUGGAAAAACACAAAAAUUUAUUUAAAUGAUAGAUAUAAAAAUGUCAAGUCUUAUAAGUCACUGUAUACAUUUAAUUAAUAUAUGACAAACAGAUUUGUCAAAAUAUUUUUGGAAGUACACAAAUUUAUGCUAAAGUAAAUAUGAAGAUUACAAUCAAAUAUAUCCAACACAAUUCUGAACAAAGACAAUUAAUGAGGAGGGACUAGCUCUACCCAUACAUUGAAACAGCCUAACAAUUGGCAUAAGCGUACUAGGACCUGAAUAUCCAAACAAUGAUAAAACAGACUUGAAAGUUUAGAAAUUGAAGCAAAUUCUCACAAAAGUUAGCACAUGAUAAAUUGGUUAUUCACAUUGUGAAGGAAUAUGGAAUAUUCAACAAAGUAUAUUCAUACCCCAUAGAUGGCCAACUGAAAAAAAUAAAGUUGGAGUCUCCCUUAUACCAAUAUAAAUUUCAUAUAUAUCAAAGGUUUAAGCAUGAAAAACUAAACUAUAAAUAGUAUUAGAUUAAGGAGGCCCUUUAAAAUUUAACAUAAAAGGAAGAUAUAAAAGAAAAACUUAAUAAAUUUAACUACAUAAAAUUAAUGACAUUUUCACAGAGAAGCUAUAAGUAGAGCAAAAAUAUAAAAAUCAAGAUUAAGAAAAACAUUUCAAAUUUAUAUUACAGGCAAGGAGAUAAUUUCUUUAAGCUAUAAAGAUCCUUUAUAUACCAGUGAACAAAAGAACCCCCCCCCCCACUAAAAAGGGGAAAAUCUGACAAGAAUAUAAAAAAAUGUUCUUCGUUGUUGUUAGCAAGAUAUGUGUAAAUUAAAACUAUCCUAUUUUAUCUAUGAGAUGGUCAAGUAACAAUACAUUUGAUAGGACACCAGGUUGACAAGAGUUUGGGGAAAUGGACAAUCUCUCAUAUUUGCUAGUGAGAGUGCAAAUUGGUAUGAUCAUAUAUCAAAUGUUUAAAUGCACAUACUUUUGACCUAGAAAGUCCAUAUUUAAGAAUUUAUCUUAUAGAUUUAUUUGUGCUAGUGAAAAAAUGAUAUCCGUACAGCAUACUUCUUGCAACAUUGUUGCAAUAGCAAACAUUUGAAACAACUCUGUAGGGUACUAAUAAUGUAAAUCACGGAACAUACCAAAGAAUACUUGUCAGUCACUGAAAUGAAAGGGAAAGCUUUAUUUGUAUGAAUGUGAGAAAAUCUCCAAGAUGUAUCAUCAAGUGAAAAAAAUAAAUAUGUAUAAAGUAUGAAUAGUUGCAAACAAUGAAUUUAGAAAACAAUGAAUAUGUGUAUUAUUAUGCAUCUCAGGAAAAAUACACAAUAAGCUAGUAACCAUAGCCACAAUUGAGGAUGGUAUUUGGGCAGACAGGGGAGGAUAACCAAUUAACAUAAUGUCAUAUAUUCUUCUGUUCCUUUUGUAUUUUGUUUUGUAUUAAUGCAAUUAUGUAUUAAAAAAUAAAUACAUACAAUUAUGAAAAUUAAUAUUCAUAAUUGAAUGGAUUGGGGAAGUUCCUAUGACUGUAUGAAAGUGUUUAAUGCUAGUAGAUUGGCAUAUGUCAGCUCAACAAGAAGAGACUGCUGACAACAACAGGGAAUGUGCAGCCUAACAUUGCUUUCACUCCUUUCAAUAAAGCUUUGAAAUGUUGGAUCCUAA